UAGCGUCUGUGUCGUUAACACGUGACCGAGUUUGUGCCCGUCGGUCAAUUACUAGCCGAGCGGAGAGGAUGGCCGGUAAUGGAGGUUUGGAGAAGCUGGACGUGGGCGAACUGAGUGCUGAGCAGCAGGAGAUGCUGCGACGCUUCAAGAGCAAAACGAAGAUCGACAACGAGAAGUAUCUGAGGUCGCACCCAGAGGUCGAGGUGUUGAUGGCGGACUUCCUCAGAAAUGUGCUUUGUAAAGGGCCCGCCGACAUCCAUGAGUUUGCUGCAGAUCACUUCUCCAAUCCAGAUCUUCAUGUGGUUAUUGGCUCCAAAAUUGAAGGAAACAUGGAGUGAAACAAACCCAACAGUCACGAUGCUUCUCCUUUGUGUCUUUCUGGACUCUGUUUUAAUAAAAAUCAAAGACACUAA